AUGACGGAAUCAGUGAGUACGCGUACAAAAACCCUCACUGAGAGUUCAGAGACGAUAUCUACGGAAGGUCCUUUGAUUGAGGACAGAUGGACAAACAACAUUACUUAUCGUCAGUUAGUGCUGUCCUCUUGCGUCGGGAUUAUACAACUCUGGUGGCACCCCUAUCUACACGACUUUGCCAAACUCCUGCCAUUUCUUUUUCUAUACAAUGUCUUUAGUAUAUUUUUCGCUUAUCCGAUGUUUUACUUGGAGCUUGCUUUGGGCGUGGUAUCAAAGAAAGGCGUAUUGAACUGCUGGGAUAUGGCACCGAUUGCUAGAGGAAUUGGUUUUUCAAUGAUAAUCACAUCCAUGUUCACGGUGCUCGCCCUCGGCGUGGUAUGUGCCUGGUCGCUUGCGCUGACGGUUCAUUCAUUUCACGCGUUCCUACCGUGGCUGCACUGUGCGGCUGACGCCAACCCGCCGUGCGCGGCGCGACACCGCCCUCUGCCGGCAGGUAGCGAAGUACCGCCGCAGUCGUUCUUCUUCAAUUUUGUGCUGAAUUUGAAAAGGAACGGCCUUUUAGGAGGUUUGGGAAACAUUGUGCCCGAAUUGACUGUCUACUACAUUGUAAGCUGGGUAUUGGUGUACUUUAUAGCUUGCAAGAGGAUUUAUAGCUAUUCGAAGAUGGUGUUGUUUAAAGAUGUCUUAGCCUACUUUGUACUAUUUGCAUGCGCAGUGGGUGUUUUUAGACUAAAAGGUGCGAGUAAAAUGUUCAAAGAAUGCGAUUGGGGUGUGCUAUCUAAUGGCUUACAGAUAUGGCGAGACGCACUAGAAUACUCCUUUCUGCAGAUGACAAUAUCACAGGGAACACUCGUUAUGCUAGGAUCCUAUAGUUUAAAACAGAAACACAAGCUAGCAAAUACGGCGACUCUUGCGUUUGCUGUGUCAAAGAGUUGUUGUACCGGCAGCGCCCUCAUACUAGGCGCAGCACAUGGCGCAUUAUAUGUGGAUUAUGAUAAUAGCACUAAUGUAUGGAGAGGUGCAUCGUCAUCAAUGAUUAUAUGGGCGGACUAUGUGGCGCGUAUACCGGGCAGUCAGUUUUGGUCUGUUAUUGUAUUCUUCACGAUAUAUGUUCUGUCGCUCUCGACCAUGGCUUUACUGGUGCAAACGAUAAUAUCUUCAUUUACUGGACGAUUGGUUCGGAAAAUAACAUGGGCGUUUCUUAUUUUAAUUUGCGUGCUAUUUUGUUUCAUUGGAAUUAUCACACUUUGUACACAGGGCGGUCUAUAUAUUUUGAAUUUUCUCAUGAGUUGGCCCGUAUCGAAACCCCGUGUGCCAAUUGCAGCGCUGGUAACAUUUAUUAUCACUUAUGUCUAUGGCCAAACUACGUUUUGUGAAGAUAUAUAUUUUGCGGUUGGGGAAUACCCUUGUGUGUUCCUUAGAAUUUGCUGGGCGUUAUCUCCCUUUAUGUUAUUGACCACCUUUCUGUCGGGCAUGUACCUCGGGCCGGCUGCCGAGGCUGCAGUCGGUUGGACGCUGAUUCUUAUGACAUUGCUGCCUGUUGUGGUGGUCAUGCUACUGUAUUUGGUUUUCAAAUUUAGAGUGAGAAAUAUGCUGAAUGAAAAGUGAGGGUGAUUUGAGAAGGCGAAAAAAUAUAAAUAAAAUGCAUAUAUUCAGAA